AUGGAACACCGAGAGGACACCUGUGUAACAAUACCAGGCGAGCGGGACCCCUUCCUGUCGGACAAUGACGACCGUUCAUCAAAAAAGAAAGACGGAAAGCAUGGCUACGGUGCUGACUGCGUGAAAGACAACAACAACGACAACACCGACAACAACAAAGACCACACCUACAACCACUACGACCACACCGACAACCACUACGACCACACCGACAACCACUACGACAACACUUACAACAACAACGACUACACUGGCAACAACGACGACCACACUGACAACUACUACGACUACACCAACAACAACACUGAAAACCACGACGACCAAACCGUCAACAACGACGACCACAACCACAACUACUACGACCACACCAACAACUACUACGACCACACCGACAACCACGACGACCACACCGACAACUACCACGACUACACCGACAACUACUACGACUUCACCAACAACUACUACGACCACACCGACAACUACUUCGACCACACCGACAACCACUACGACCACACUGAAAACUACCACGACUACACCGACAACUACUACGACUUCACCAACAACUACUACGACCACACCGACAACUACUACGACCACACCGACAACUACUACGACUACACCGACAACAACACUGAAAACCACGAUGACCAAACCAACAACAACGACGACCACAACCACAACUACUACGACCAUACCUACGACAACGACGACCACACCGACAACUACCACGACUACACCGACAAGUACUACGACUUCACCAACAACUACUACGACCACACCGACAACUACUUCGACCACACCGACAACCACUACGACCACACUGAAAACUACCACGACUACACCGACAACUACUACGACUUCACCAACAACUACUACGACCACACCGACAACUACUACGACCACACCGACAACUACUACGACCACACCUACGACAACGACGACCACACCGACAACUACCACGACUACACCGACAACAACUACGACUACACCGACAACCACGACAACCACACCGACCACAACCACACCGUCAACAACGACGACUACACCGACAACAACGACAACCACGACGACCACAACCACAACUACACCGACAACCACUACGACUACACCGGUAACAACGACGACCACGCCGACAACAACGACCACCACACUGACAACAACAACAACUACAACAACAACGACAACUACUAA